AUGUCUAACCGUGACAGCGUCCCCGACCUAGCCGUUAAGCCUGCAAAGGGUAUCUCAUACUUCACCCCGGCGCAGGAUCCCCCUGCAGGAAUUGCUGCCAAUCCUCAAUCCGAUGGAGCAGAGAUCCCCAAACUGUUCAAGCCUCUGACUAUCCGAGGUGUCGAAUUUCAUAACCGUAUCGCCUUAGCCCCUCUCUGCCAGUACUCCGCUGAAGAUGGUCAUAUGAGUGACUGGCAUAUGGCACACUUGGGCGGAAUUGCUCAGCGUGGUCCCGGUUUCCUCCUGGUUGAGGCCACCGCUAUCGUCCCCGAAGGUCGCAUUACUCCCCAAGACCUCGGAUUAUGGAAAGAUUCUCAAAUUGAGCCUCUCCGCCGGGUUAUUGAGUUCGUGCACAGCCAAAGUCAGCUUAUCGGCGUCCAAAUUGCCCAUGCAGGCCGUAAGGCGAGUACCGUCCCGCCAUGGCUGUCCAUGGGCGAUAUGGCGACAGAAAACGUUGGCGGGUGGCCCAAGAAUGUCAAAGGGCCAUCUGACAUUCCUUUCUCAGAUCGCUUCCCGCAACCGAUAGCAAUGACGAAGCAAGACAUUGAAGAAACAAAGCAAGCAUGGGCUGCCGCUGUGAAGCGCGCUAUUCAGGCAGGCGCCGAUUUCGUCGAGAUCCACGGCGCUCAUGGAUAUUUGCUAUCCUCUUUUCUUUCACCCACCAGCAACAACCGAACAGAUGAGUAUGGUGGAAGCUUCGAGAACCGCAUCCGUCUCGUUCUCGAAAUUGCACAAAUAACCCGUGAGGUGGUUGGCCCUAAUGUUCCGGUUUUCCUGCGAGUAUCGGCCACUGAGUGGCUAGAAGAAGUGAAGCCGAACGAGCCCAGCUGGCGUAUUGAAGACACCGUGCGACUAGCCAAAGUUUUGGCUGAGCAGGGUGCAAUUGAUUUGAUCGACAUCAGCUCUGGUGGUAACAAUGCCGCGCAAAAGAUUCAUGGUGGUCCUGCCUUCCAGUCCCCUUUCGCGAUCGAAGUCAAGAAAGCUGUGGGAGACAAGCUUAUCGUCGGAACUGUUGGAUCGAUAAAUUCAGCCAAGCUAGCCAACAGCCUUGUGGAAGAGAAAGGAUUGGAUUUGGUUCUUGUUGGCCGCGGAUUUCAAAAGAACCCUGGUCUUGUCUGGCAGUGGGCUGAGGAGCUCGACUUGGAGAUCGGCAUGGCCCACCAGAUACGUUGGGGAUUUGCCUCUCGUGGAAAUACAAAAUAUCUACCCAAGCCCAAGCAGUCUAGCAAGAUCUGA